AUGACUCUUGCUUUCCAAUUGGCUGUUUUUGCACUAAUUGCUACCUCAUCAAUCUUAUUGAUUAGCGUGCCCGUUGUAUUUGCUUCUCCUGAUGGUUGGUCAAGUAACAAAAAUGUUAUAUUUUCUGGUACAUCAUUAUGGAUUGGCUUAGUCUUUCUAGUUGGUAUCCUUAAUUCUCUCAUCUCUUGA